UCUUCCUCCUAGAACCAUUCGCCCUAAAAAACAGGUCAAAAAUAAGAAAUGGGUUUGAAGAAGGAAUCUUUUUACAGCAACAGGAAGUGUAUUAUCUUGUUUUGUUCAGCAUUUUUGCUUCUUUGGGGCAGUGCCCAUGGAGAAGAAGGGCACCCCAACUAUAAAGAUGCCUUAGCAAAGGCCAUUCUGUUCUUCCAGGGACAGAGGUCAGGAAAGCUCCCAAAGGACCAGCAGAUAACUUGGAGGUCCAGUUCUGGCCUUUCAGAUGGCCUACUUGCCCAUGUUGAUUUAACCGGAGGAUAUUACGACGCUGGAGACAAUGUGAAGUUCAACUUUCCUAUGGCCUUCACCACCACUAUGUUAUCAUGGAGCACACUAGAAUACGGCAAAAAACUCGGUCCUGAACUACGCAACGCCAAGGCCGCGAUCAAGUGGGGUACGGACUACCUAAUAAAGUGUGCAACUGCCACUCCAGGCGUUUUAUAUGUUGGAGUGGGCGAUCCAAAUGCGGACCACAAGUGUUGGGAGCGCCCAGAGGAUAUGAACACAAUACGAACCGUCUAUUCGGUUUCUCAACGAAAUCCUGGUUCUGAUGUGGCUGCGGAGACCGCAGCAGCGCUAGCGGCUGCAUCUUUGGUUUUUCGGAAAUCGGAUCCAAAGUACUCGAAGUUGUUGUUAAGAACUGCGAAGAAUGUGAUGCAAUUUGCUAUACAACAUAGAGGGGCUUAUAGUGAUUCUCUUGGCUCUGCUGCAUGUCCAUUUUAUUGCUCAUUUUCGGGAUAUAAGGAUGAGUUAUUAUGGGGAGGGGCAUGGUUAUACAGAGCAACCAACGAUGUAUACUACCUUAACUUCAUCAAGUCAUUGGGAGCCGAUGAUUCAACCGACAUUUUUAGUUGGGACAACAAAUAUGCUGGUGCUCGUGUUCUUCUCUCGAGAAGAACAUUGGUAGAUAAUGACAAAGCAUUUGAGCCAUUUAGGCAGCAGGCUGAAGACUUCAUGUGCAAAAUCCUACCAAAUUCUCCUUCUUCAACUACAAGAUAUACUCAAGGUGGAUUGAUGUACAAACUACCUCAAGACAAUCUACAAUAUGCCACAUCUAUAUCCUUCUUACUUACAACAUAUAGCAAAUACAUGGCAUCGUCAAAGUCAAAACACACAUUCAAUUGUGGCGGGCUUAUUGUAACGGCCAAGACCCUUCGAGAUUUGGCAAAGCAACAAGUGGAUUACAUUCUCGGGGUGAAUCCGUUAAAGAUGUCUUACAUGGUAGGUUUUGGGCCACAUUACCCGAGGAGGAUACAUCAUAGAGGUUCCUCCUUGCCAUCAUUGUCGGUCCAUCAUCAAUCCUUCGGGUGCGGCAGUGGUUUCCAGUCUUUCUUUUACUCUGCAAAUUCAAACCCGAACAUAUUGGUUGGUGCGAUUGUGGGUGGUCCGAAUCAAAGCGAUGGUUUUGCCGAUGAUAGGACAGACUAUAGUGAAUCAGAGCCAGCAACUUACAUCAAUGCUGCAGCGGUUGGGCCAUUGGCAUACUUUGCUGGUAUCUAUAGCAAUUAGAAAUUAUCAAGGGCAUUUGAAGUUAGAGUUAGUUAAUGAGGGGCCUAAGGGCUAAGGCUUAAGUCCCCAAGGGUGCAAAUUGUAAAUUUUUUUAAUUUUACAAGUUUUCAUUUGGGCUUAAUAUUGUAUGCAAUUAAUAUCAAAGCUUCCACUUAUCCACAAUUGAAAAAGUCUUC